UUCAGUACCAGUGCUUAGUAGGCUUUUUUCGUUCUCUGUUCAAAUGGCUGAAUCAGAACACUCUUCUUCUGUCGAGACUUCUGUUAACUCACAAGAGGAAAGUAGUACUACUAGUAAAGAAGAACCCGAGCUGGCUUUCUCCCAAGACGAGGAAACACUGGUUAUAAGAAUGUAUAAUUUGGUCGGAGAGAGGUGGUCUCUAAUUGCUGGGAGGAUUCCUGGAAGAACAGCCGAGCAAAUCGAGAAGUACUGGAAUUCUAGAUACGCAACAAGUCGAUGAUGCGACAGCGCCUGAAAUCAGCAGUGCUUUUGCUCAAUGAGAUUUGGGGUCUUCUAAAUUCUAUUAUGGCAUGCUUGUAGAAGAAAAAAUAAAGUAGGAUGUGCAUUCAAAAUCGUGGACUCUUCUUUUUUUCUUUUUUUUUGAGAAGAUAGGAUGUUAGGAGUUACUGUAGUUGUUAGCGUUAUUACAGGAAUCGAAUAACUGCUCCAUGAGGACUCAAACUUAAGACCGCUCCCUUAAGUGUGGCGUUCUCGAAAAUCAUGGCUUGUGUAUGUAAAGUUGUCUUCAUUCUAUAAAUUCUCAUGUUCCAA